UAGUUAUAAAAAAAAAGCUUCGCAGUGCUUUUUCUUUUCCUCUUCAUUUCAUUCUUCUUUUUGUAUCAUACCUCAUCAAGUUACAUAAAAUGGGCUUAUUUUCUAGACACAAACAUAACACAACAUCUUCAUCAGCGCCACCUCCAUAUACACCGUCACCUGCACCUUCUUCACAGCAAAGCUAUGCUCCACCAUCACCACCCAAACAACCUAUAAAUCCUGACAGUCGACCGUUACCUCAAGGUUGGAUUUCUCAAUAUGAUCCAAACUCAAAACGAUUCUUCUACGUUUACACGCCAACUGCUUUGUGUCAAUGGGAGCAUCCUGCGGACAAACCUCUAAAUGCAGCACCCCCACGCUCUCCAAACGCUGCCGGAAGAGCUGGUGAAAGUGCUUCGUACUAUAAUCAACCCAGUGCGCAACAGCAAUCUUAUUAUCCUCAACAGACACAACAACCCUACUAUGCUCAACAACAGCAACGGUACUAUCCCCAACAAAUGCAACCCCAAUAUGUCAUGGCCGGAGGUAGCCGUCCUAUGGGCGGUGGUGGCGGUAUGAGUUUUGGUAAAAUGGCAGCAGCAGGUAUUGGCGGCGGUUUAUUAGGUUCUAUGAUUGGCGAUGCAUUAUUCGACAGACCAGACACAACCAUCAUUGAAGAAAAUAACUAUUAUGACAAUGACUAUAAUGAUUUUGACGGCGGCGGCUUUGGUGGAGGAGAGUUUGGAGGUGAUGACUUCUUCUAGACUACACUUGUAUAUUCUUUUCCCUUUUUUUCUGUUGAGCACAGCGAAAAAUAACAUUUUGAAUUUUACCAAAAAUGGAAAGCUGAUCAUCUGUACAUUCGACAGUUAUUAUUUCAUCGUUGGUCAUUGUAAAUUAUAGUUCCUCGAUUAUUAUGUAAUUAGUAUUUUAUCUAUUCCUCUUUAUAUACAACACGUU